CCAUUAAGGUAGGAAAAAAGUAGAAUUAUAUUUGUAAAUCAUACAAGAAGACAAAUAUUAAAAUGGCCAUGGCAGAAACAUCAUUUUCACUAAGUGGAACAUCUUCAGUUAAAGAACAAACACACAAUAUUGAUCAGGCAUCUGAUCUUCUUUCAUUUGCCAACAAGUCACGACAAGAUGGUCGUUUUAAUGACAUCAUCAUUCGUGUUGGAGAAAAAAACAUUCGAGCAAACAAGAUGGUUCUUUCUUGCUAUUCCAAAUAUUUCAACACCAUGUUUAACACUGAGAUGGAAGAAAAAUAUAAAGAUGUUGUGGACGUUCAAGCUGUAGAUGUGGAAAGUGCGGAGAAACUUGUUGAUUUUAUGUACACAGGAAAAAUCAACAUCAACACCAACAAUGUGUGCGACCUUCUUGCAGUUUCUGAUUUUCUGCACAUACCUUCUGUCAGAAAACUUUGCAUUGAAUAUUUGUUGACAACAAUCACACUACAAAAUUGCUUCACAAUUCAAGCUUUGGCCGACUAUUUCACAAUUCCUCAGAUAACUGAGAAAUUCAACAACUUUGUUGUUGAAAAUUAUCAACAAGUUGUUUCUGGUGAUCAUUUCAAGAAACUUUCAAAAGAUAAUGUUAUGAAGUUAUUACAAUCAACACAUGACAAAGUUUCUCCAGAUUUGGUUUACACUGCUGUUAUGAACUGGUUGAAGUUUGAUUUGGCUUCAAAUGAAAGUUACUUAAGUGAACUUUUAAAGUUUGUUGAAUUUUAUGAAAUGACACCAAAGAUGCUUAAAGAGGUCUCUUUUGAGCCUCUUAUUCAAAAACUUCGUGGAACUGACUGUUCAUUCUAUGAUGCUUUGGUGCAACAUGCAAAUAAAACAGAGAAAUCCCUGAUAUCACUUGGUGGAACAGAAACUUUAACCAAAGUAACAAAGUUUGAUUUACAAACAAAACAAUGGAGUCAACUUCCAAGUUUGCCAAUUGGUCGAGAUGCAGCAGCAGCUGUUGUCAUCGAUGAUGUUCUGUAUCAUCUUGCAGGACGUUUACAAACUGAUGGUAAAAAUACGACAACUAACAUUGUUCAUCGAAUGAAAUUAAAGGAAAAAGUUUUAAAAUGGGAGAAGGUAGCUUCAAUGAAUGUAGCAAGAUUAGUGUUUGGUGCUGCUGUUUUAAAUGGUGUCAUCUUUGUAUUUGGUGGAACUGAUGAAAAUAAUAAAAGCGUUUCAACUGGAGAAUCUUAUGUUGUUCCACUUAACAAGUGGAUUCAACUUAAACCAAUGAAGGUCGUCAGAAGUGGUCAUUGUUUGGUUGCUCACAAUGGAUAUUUAUAUUCACUUGGUGGACAUGAUGGGCAACAAGUUAUAUCUUCAGUUGAAAGAUAUGAUCCAUCAUCAGAUGAAUGGAAAGAUGUUGCUUCAAUGCAAACACCACGACGUUGGUUUGCUGCUGUGGUGCUUAACAAUGCUAUUUAUUCUAUUGGUGGCAAUGAUGGAAUACAAGCUCUUAAAUCAGUUGAGAAAUACAAUGUUGAUGAUGACACAUGGGUUUAUGUGGAGAAUAUGAACAUAGAGAGAAAUUGUCAUGCAGCUUGUGUUGCACAAAACAAGAUUUAUGUAGUGGGAGGUCUGGAUUCUGGGAAUAAAAUUGUGAAAUCAAUUGAAUGUUUCGAUGACCAAACUGACAAGUGGAGUGUUGUUGGUGAAACUGAAGUUGAAUUAUACAACCAUUCUAUGGUUGCUGUUUAAAUAGGAAAGAGGUGAACAUUGCACUGAUAAAUCACAUAUUUACCAUUUUUCCAAACGCCCCUGCAAGCCAUAAUGUAACUUUGCUCAUGCCCACAUUUCAAUUCCAUGUGUUAAUACACCAAGCAACAUAAUCAAUGCCCACUGUACUUCUAUUUUAACCUUUACCGUAUUAGAACCUAUGUCGUUUUAGCGCUACUUCAACGCUUUUAUAUACACAGGUGCUCUGUUUCAUACACUUUGUGCCCACUUACAUUGUUGCAGACACGCCUACAAAGCUUCAUUGGGUUUAACAUCUACGCCUUUUAAUUGACACUCUUUCCCAAACCUUUUAUACAUAGUGAGUUUUAACAACUGUCAGUUUACUAAUGAUUCCUUUCUCUUCGUUGUUUAAAUGAUAUGUUUUAUGCUAUCAUUUUUGUAGAGAUAAUUAAAACGUUAUGUUGUGUUAAA